AAUACUGUGUUCCAAGAGCAGUUACUGAAAUUUGUGGAAGUGAAGAAUGAAGAGGGAGGCAGGAGAGAGGCAAAGCAAUGGGUCGUCGUCGUCUUCAUCCUCGGUACCUCUUAUCAAUUCUCAGUCCUCCUCCUAUCCAACUGAGCAGCUUCAAUCCGGUUCACAAGUCGAGAUGGGUUCCGGAGGCCCCGACCCAGUAACCUGGGAACAAAUUGAGAAUUCCGAGACCUACCUUGUCUGCUCCAUGUACGAGGAGGCAGCCUCAUUAGCUUCCUCUAUUCUGAAACGUCUUUCUCAACAUAGCGAGGCUGAUGAUGAUGAGCUGUAUGACAUGUUGGAAUCGGCUGGUAUGGUGCUUGUGCAAUCUCUAAAACAACUUGGAAGGACACCGGAGAUUCUGAAUGAGCUCAAAUUAUCAUUUGCCUCCAUUCCUGCUAUCCCUGUUCAAGUUCUUCUUACUGGGGUAUGCUUUUAUAUUUCAGAAGGGCAUUCUCUUGGUAUUCAAGAAUUUCUGGAAGUGUUCCUUAGCGGUUGGAGUUUUGUGGAUGGAAAAUGUUAUGUUCUUGUUGGUAAAGAAUACAAUGCAGAUUAUACAAAAAGACAUGAUGGGCAUUUUGUUUUGGGUAUUGAUAAGUAUCUUGAAGUAGUUGAGGUGUAUACUUUGAAUGUGCUGGGAACCAUUUUGAAUGAUGUUGACCUUGCUACCUCUUGGGUCGAGAAUGCUAAAAUACCUGAGGACAGAAGACAGGUACUUCUGAGAAGAUUACACUCACUACAUUCAAUUAAAGCCACCAACGCAUCACAAGGAUCCUUCUCAUCUUUGCUGGUGGAUAACUACGAAGAUCCUUCACCUGAGGGACGCCCAAAAGUGAAAUAUCCUCUAAACGGAGAUACUGCUAAGAAACAAGCAGUUUUAAAGUUGUCGAAAAGAUUAGAACCAUGCCUCUGGUGGUUCCGUACCAUUACUCUGAAGUUUGGGAAUACUCGGUUGGUAAUAUCUAAUGGAAAGAUUGCCCUGGGCUGCUUGAUUCUGCUCAUAUCUUAUGUUUUGCAGAGAAAACGAGCUACCUUAAAGAGGAUUGUUCAGAGACAAGCCUUGUCAAUGAAAAAUGCUUUAGUAGACUUGUGGCAGCUUGCAUUUUCAUACCAGGUGAACCCUCUAGCUGCUGUUCAACCUUUGGGUGCUGCAGCAAGGGCAGACCAGUGAUAUUCUUCGGGGAUACUUAUAGACUUAUAGUGCAGGUUCUAAGCAGACAUAGUACGAAACAAAUGCGCACUGCUUGUGCUCUUUUACCUUGGUUUAUAAUUUCAGAUGUUGCAUUUAACUCCUUACCUCAGUUCAACCGUCUAUUUUCUUUUCCUCACAUGGUAUUGGGGAAUCACCAAACAAUCCGUGUACGGACUGCAGAUGAUUGAAUAAAUGAUAUCCUGAUUAAUACUAGA